CUCUUGCAAACUACAUCCCGCCAGCCGCACCUCUGUUGCACUGCUUCGUCAAACGCGCAGCUGUGAUCUGUCAUAUUCCUAGUGUCAUACAGCGAGCUGACUCCAACUUCCUUUCAACGCAGCAAACAGACCCGAGCAUACGCGCAGCGCUGCGACUACCCUGCUCUAGACGAUCAACGCCUCCUAGACCCUCGACGGCAUCACCUAUCGCCAUGGUUCGAAAUGGCAGUCCGUCGCCGGCGGACAACUUUCCGCUGGGUCAUUCUGCGACAUCCCCUCAACCACAACCUUCCAAGCGCGACAAACGGCGCAACAUGCUCGCCGAGAAGCUGGCAGAGAUGAUGGCGACCUUCUCAGACAAUCGGGACAGUCAUUACAGAGCCCAGCUCGCCGCGCUCCAAGCCGACAUCAACCUCAUUAUGAAGGCGGACCCGUAUGCGAACCAGCCGCUCGAGGAUAGCAAUGAAGAGGCCGUGGAGCUCGUUUCGCAGAUCAUGGGGAACAACGUACCUACCGCACCGAGCGCGGGUACCGAUUACAUUGCGCAAUGUGGAAAACACUAUUCGCGCUUUGUCGACGCCGUCAAUGAUGCGAUGGAAGAGCGCGACUACAACCUGACCAUGCUCUGGAACAAGCACGAGAACACGAAGAACGAGAUCGAGAAUUCGCACUACUACAAAGUCCAAAUCGCCGAAGAAGAACACAAGCUGCUCGCCGCCACCAUCCGCGAACGACUGGUCGCAAGCAUACAACAACGGACAAACAGGCUGAAGCGAGAGAAGGAGCAAUUGGACCUGUCUGACAGCAACGCGAUGCUCCUCCAUCCCAAUCAGUUCAGCAUAGGGCAUCCGGCAAGUCCUGGCGGGCCGCAAGCGCCAAGAAAGACCCGGAGGACGGGGCACAAAUUUGGCGACGCGGAGGAGCUGGCUGCUGCUACUGAACACAAGAGGAAGCGCAAGCUGUAUGAGGACCAGGACAACGAUUCGCCAGGUCCAUCCGGCCGCCCCACCGAGAUGGGCAUCGGCUCACCCUUCCGCGAAGCCAAAGCGCGCACCGUCAAUGCCCAGUUCGAAUCGUCUGCAUACUCGCUCGAGCGCCUCUUCAGCGAGAAGGAGCUCAACAUGGCCAUGAACCAGGCCACCAUGGCUGCGUCGCACUUUUUCGCCAAGAUGAAGAACACAGAGGCCGCACCGCAGGAAGCCGCAACAAACGGCAACACCAAUGGCGCAAACGGCGAGCACGCAUCCGAGAACGGCGACGCCAUGGACCAGGACCAAGACUCAGACGACGUACCAGGCGCAACCGACAUGAUGCGCCAACACUCGUCGAACCCACACGCGACCCGCGGCGCCACACGCUCAGCUCUGAACCCCACGGCGGCUAUAGUGAGCGGCCAAAUACCUCCGUUCAUCUACAACCCGCCGUUCGUGUUAGAUGCUAAGAUCUUCCAGAAGAUCAACGCCUCGGCACCGCCACCACCUCCCCUCGGCGCACACGACGUCGAGCAAGAUCUGAAGCUGAUGCUUAGAGACGCACCACCUGACGACGACAUCAACGAAAAACUCCUACAAGCCGCAUGCAACCCCGUCAAAGCGCGCGACUACCAAGUCCAGCCACCAAACUUCUCGGAACCCGUCAAUGAGAUGACGAGUGCACUUAGGAGUACAGCGCCCCAUCUCGAGGUUGGUACUAGCUUAGGCGGUGUUCCGAUGAGUGCGCAGAGUAGUAUGGCGGGUUGGUCAGAUGCUGGUAACAAUACACCUCUGGGCCGUUAUGGAGAGAGGGACUCGCUGGCUGUUGGCGGCCACGGCGGCGGUGUUGUGAUGACAAGGACCGCAAGUGGUAAUGGAAGAGGACGUGGCCGGGGACGUGGAGGUGGAGGGGGAAACUGAACGUGUUCCUUGCGGCUUACACUACAGUAAGAGUGAGUAAAUGGAGACAUACUACGCUGAUGUAGGCGUCUGGCUUGCUUGCUUUCUGUGGUGGUAGAGGACAUGUUCAGUCUUUCCCUUGAGUAGGGUCCCACAGUGUAUCAGGUUUCGCGUUACGGUCUCGCACUAUAUACCCACGAUUGGCGUUCGGGCUCGCGGUGCAUCGGGGUGGUGCAUAUAUGCUUAUAUGUCUUGUUUGAUUUCCUUUGUUGCAUGUCCGCCUACAUAGACAUUUGGGUGGAGUUAUUUGUUCAUAGUGCUUGUAUUAAGUAUAUGUUAUGACUUGACU